UCACGCAUUCAAUGUGUACGAGUUGGGAAACUUCCCAGGCCAGAAGAAUUAGACUAUGAGUGACCAUAAAGACUCAACGAAACUUCCACUUAGAGAAGACUGGACGCUUUAUAAAUAUAAUACGCACCCAAGCUUGUUGUUAGAUAGCCAUUGAAGAUGCAGCAGGUAAUACAGCAUCCGAGCCACCCAGGGCAUUGGCUCAGCUAUGCUCGACAUCCACCUGGGUAUAUAUGCGACAUUUGCAGGGAGGAUUUGGAGGGGAAGGGGUACAGGUGCGAUGCUUGUGAUUUUGAUCUGCAUAUAUCCUGUGCCACGGUUAAUACGGCUGAACAAAAGGUCGUACAGCAUCCGAGCCACCCAGGCCAUAGCCUCAGCUAUUUUCUAUGUGAAGGUGGGUAUACAUGCAGCUGUUGCGGAAAGGACGGCGGUCGUCAUGGGUAUAGGUGUGCUGCCUGCAAAUUUUAUCUGAAAAUAACCUGUGCCACGGUUAGAAUGGCUAAAGAAAGGCAGCCCAUACAGCAUCCGAGCCACCCAGAGCACCUCCUCAGCUAUGUUGGAUAUCCAUAUGGGUUCUCUUGCGACGGUUGUGGAAAAAGAGUGCACGGGAACGGGUAUAGGUGCGCUGCUUGCAAUUUUGAUCUGCAUGAAUGCUGCGCCACGGCUCCUCGAGUUUUGCACCACAGUUUCCAUGGUGGUAACGGAAUCUGGGUCCAAUUCCAAAAGCGACCUCCCGGUGAAAGUCAGAUGAGUUGCUCCUACUGUGCACAAAUUGUGUCAGGAUUCGGCUACUAUUGCUUGAGCGGUUCAUGUGGGUACGCUCUGCACCCCACCUGUGCAUUGCUUCUCCAACCGCAGACCCAAGUUGAAGUAGCCCCUACACGCCCUACCCAAGUUGAAACGCCUCCUCCGCCACCAGAAAAAGAUCAUCAUCAUAGGGGUGCUGCAAUGGCUUUCCGCGGCGGUAAGUUUCUGGGAAAGCUGGCAGUUGGAGCGAUUACGGGAGACCCCACAAGUAUUGGAGGCGCCUUGGCUGACUUGUUUUUAUCUGAUUAAGUGGGAGAUUUUCAGACGAUCUGAAAUACGACUUGUCCCUUUGGAGUCACGGCAGAAGAUCAAGCUUGUUGCUAGAAUAUAUCUAUCUAGAAUAGAUCGGUGAAAUGUUAAAAUACAUUUGAAAUUAUUAGAUGGAUGUUUGAAAUUAUAAUGAAAAAAUUUCCCUUGCAUAUUA